GCCUCCGCCGCGGCCUUCCGGGUGCCGAGCGCCUGCGCGCCGCGGUGACAUGGCCACGCCGGCCAAGCGGCGGGCCCAGCCGCAGCCCCCUGCCGAGGAGAGCGGCUCCGAGUCCGAGUCUGAGCCGGAGUCGAGCGAGUCGGGCUCGGAGGAGGAGGAAGAGGAGGAGGAGGCGAUCGAUGAGGAAGUGAAUAUUGAAUUUGAGGCACAUUCCAUAUCAGACAAUGACUAUAAUGGAAUAAGGAAGUUACUACAACAGUUGUUUCUAAAAGCUCCUGUUAACACUGCUGAAUUAACUGAUAUAUUAAUACAACAGAAUCAUAUUGGAAGUAUUAUCAAGCAAGCAGAAGUCCAAGAAGACAGUGAUGAUGAUGAAGAUGAUGAUGAAGUCUUUGGUUUCAUUAGCUGCUUAAACUUAACAGAAAGGAAGGAUACACAGUGUGUUGAACAAAUCAAAGAGCUGGUUCUAAGUCGGUGUGAGAAGAGCUGUGAACAGCAUGUAGUUGAACAACUGAAUAAGCUCCUAAAUGAUAGUACUAAGCCUGUGGGUCUUAUACUGAGUGAAAGAUUCAUUAACGUACCACCACAGAUUGCUCUACCCAUGCACCAGCAGCUUCAGAAGGAGUUGAGUGAGGCACAGAGAACAAACAAACCAUGUGGAAAGUGCCACUACUAUCUCCUUCUCGGCAAGACCUUUGCAGAAGCCACAAAGAGCAAUCCUAAGAAGAAGGGAGGGAGACAUCAGCAGAAGGAGGAAUUAAUGUUUGCAAAUGCAGAGGAAGAAUUCUUUUAUGAGAAAGCCCUUCUGAAGUUCAACUACUCUGUGCAAGAGGAAAGUGACACUUGUUUGGGUGGCAGAUGGUCCUUUGAUGAUGUACCAAUGAAACCCUUGCGGACUGUUAUGAUAGUUCCAGCUGACGGGAUUCAUGCCAUUAUGGAUAAACUGAAAGACUAUCUCUCAGUCUGAGAUUUCCUAUAAACACUGGGUUUUGUAAAGCAGCCAUGCAGAACUAUGACUUUAGUAUUUUCAGAAGGCUGCUGUGGAGUUAAUGGUUUUCUACUGCUCAAAUGCUUCCUCUGUACAUUUAGAAGACAAGGAGAUGGUACAAAGAAAAAUAUCUAUGAAAUUAAUAUUUUUAAAUAUUCUGUCUUAUGAUAUAUUGGUAUCAUCAUUAAACAGUCAAUAAAAAAACAGUGUAACAAGAAAA